AUGACACAUUUUUUCAUUAUUAUUCCUUUGGUCAAGAUAAGAAAAAUAUGUUUUUUAUCUAUUGCUGAGACUGGAACAGGAAGGUUGUUCUUGGUUGCGGUUGUAAUUACAGUGUCCAUAAACCUGACGUGAUAGUUUCUUCAUUUAUUGAGACCAAUAAUUAUUCAUGAAUGCAAACAUAACUCAUUUUAGACCUCAUAGCAAGUGUUUUAAAAACGUAUUUUAAAAGUAUUUCCACCAUUCACUUCAUCCCUUCUAAUCAGAUACAUUGACAACCAGUAAAAACUAGUCGAGUUCGUGGGAACGUCACACUGCGUUGAAUGGAGCUUCGUUGCGUAGCGACCGAGUAAACAGUGUUUCUGUGGACAGCUAUGCCGCGGGGAUUCGGCUGUAAAGCAGAGCGCGGGAGGCUGACUCUAGCAGCUGUAGCACUACAGGACCAUAUCACACGACGCGUUCUCGUUCGAAACAUUCCCCGUAACCUCCCCGUAUCAGACGCUUCCUGUGGGGCUGCACAUGUUAGUAGGAGGCACAGAAAUCACAACACAAGGCAGAGCAUCAUAUGCCCUGAGCAGACACAAGGACAAGAGGAGAGAGAGUAUGUGCUGGAUCAUGGCCCUCCACCUCUGACUCUUGCCCAAAGGAUGGGUUUGGUGGCAGCUCCUUCAAGAAGACUAACCGCAGAGGAAUGGGCAGAGGUCAAAACCAGGUCCAUCCAGGAGGGAGACUCAACCCAGCCCUGCGUGAUAUGCAGAGAGGAGUUUCGCCUGCAACCGCAGGUUCUACUCUCCUGUUCUCAUGUAUUUCACAAAGUGUGUCUGAAGUCUUUUGAGAAGUUCUCAGGCAGGAAGAGCUGUCCGAUGUGCAGGAGAGAGCAGUAUGAGACACGGGUGAUUUACGAUGGUGCUCGUCUCUAUCGGGAAAAGUGUGCUGUCAGAAUACAGGCUUUCUGGCGUGGCUACCUUGUUCGCAAAUGGUACAGCAACAUAAAGAAGUAUGUGCCGCCGAAAGAUCAACAUUUAAGACGAGUAUUCUUUGAAAAAAAGUUUCAGGAGAUGAACGACAGCUUGGUGCAGUCAUGCAGCACAGACGUGGAAGCCUUCCUGAAUGAUAUCGAUCGCUCCGUGGCCUCGAGCCACGAUGUCCUGCACCGCUUCAACGUCAAGUACACGAGUGUUUCUGAAAUGGAGGAAAAGGACUGGCUGGAAGCUCAAGAGAAGGCUGUCCAGCGUGGCGUUCAGGACUGCCCCAUUUGCCUGAACCGCUUGGGCUCACACAAUGGCUCGUCUAAGGAAAACAGGAACGUCCUAUUAUUGUCCUGCUCCCAUCUAUUUCAUGAGCCCUGUCUGCAGGCCUUUGAGCUUUUCUGCCACGAGGUGAAACCCACAUGUCCUCUGUGCCGGUCACACUAUGCUAAAAUGCUCGUUUCAAAUUAGAGAUCAGUAUAUUUAUUCAAAAUGUCUUCAUGUUUUAGUUUAUAUAGUGUUUAUAUAAAUCUCCCACAUUGCGAUUCUACGAUAACAAACGGUACGAUACAAACUGUCAAAAAGUCACAAACUUUAUUGUAAACUGAAGUGAAAUACAAAGUAAACUAAAGACAAUCCGAACAUUUUGCUUCACAAACAAAUGCAAUUAAACUCUACAAAACACGAGAGAGAAAACAUUCUGAAAAUACAUUCACACAUGUAAAAGAAGCAACAGGCAAAAAUGGAAACAGAAUUAAGCUUUCCGGAAGAUGAGAGUUCAAAUGUGACUGACAGACAUGUAGCCAGGACACUUUCUAGUAAAGUCAACAGUUCAACAGACUGAUAAACUCAAACACCACAGCAUCUUUGAUGUACUACAUUUUUGUAACCCUUGCACCCAAUGUUGUACAGAUAAGCAGAUUAUAGAAUAUGGAAUGAAUCGGCUUCUUUUUCUUUCACAGUUAUUUCUAGUAUAUCACUGCAAAUGGCUCUAUUUUGAGAAAUCCAGCACACCAACUCACACACCAGUCCUUGUCCUGCAUAACAAGUAACAGCAACAUUCCUCAUAAACCAAUUAAAUUAAGAAUUUAGUAUUAUAUAGUUAAUAAUAAUAAAAGAUGCUCUGGCAUUACGAAGUUUGUGCAGACAAAAGUGACAUUAAAGUUUAAUACACAUACACACACAAAGCUUACUCCAAUGACACAGUUAUUGACAUAAUACACUUAUUAUUCCCCAGUUAUUUUCUUACAAAAUGUUCUUUGUGCAAAUCAACAGGAAGAUAUUUUACAUGUAACUUCUUUUUAAAUCCAUGACAAUAAAAACCACAAAACAAUGCAUCAAACUGAACCCACUGAGGUGUCAAUAUUUUUCGAUGGCCUUUUCACAGGCUUUGAAUUCAGUGUCCCUCAUGUAAUUCCUAGACCUCUGCGGACGCAAAAUUCGAUCCGUUUCUUAAAAUGAUUUCAGCCCAAACUUUAGAGUUCGAUAUCAGUGCCCUGAUAGUUUCUUUUGACUUUGGCCAGUUCGAGUUAAAAGAUACGGGUGUUGUUUUGGUAUGCCGUGUUAUUGACAAUCACAAGAGGGAUUCACAGUGAAUUAGUCAAUAAAAAGGUACACAAACUAACAAUCUGUCUCACUCUUUCACUCAUUUGUACGUCUCACACAUGCACAACUUGCCUCCUCAAUACUGGACAAGAGGAGACAAAAACAAAAAAAAGCCUAAAAAGCCCGUUUAAGGCAUCAGAGGUGAUUUUUUUUGUUUGUUUUUGUACAAUAAUGCUAAAUGACUAAUCGUCUGGCCUUUUCCACAAAUAGCAUAGUAUGAAUGAGGCUCAGAAGCCAUUUCAUAUCUACAUUCUACAAAAAUAAAAAGAAGAAAUAUACUGUAUAUACACGUAAAUACAUCAUUUACAUUAUUACGAGGCUUGCCAUAGUUAAAGAAAUGAAAACUGUAUUUAGUUUUCAGUUUUUUUCCAGAAAGUUCAGUUUUACACGAAACUUUAAGAGAAAUGUCAGGAAUGGCCAAAACAGAUUUGUUCACGUUCUUUUAGCCUACUGGUUUUGGGAAUGUUUGAAAACUAUACUGAACAUAUCAUACAUUAACUGCGUAAUCAGUAACAUUUAGGGAAAAAAAAAAAACCUAUGACACUGUUUCAUAGCUGCAAAGAAGACCCUUCAAUGAUGCGUAAUGACAACCGACUCCGCUCGGACUUCACAUUCAUUUCUCUGCACAACAAGCUUUAACAGAUGUGAAUCAGACUGAUGUGGCUCUGCGGUCCUGUUUCCGCAGCCUUUAUAUACAAGAUCCUACAUAAUGUAGGAGUUUAGCUUCUGAUCUGCGUAGACCAGUAUUUUGUUAGACUGAACAGACUGAGCUGGCUUAAAAUCCAGCAUGAGAGUGUGUGGAAAAACAUACAAAUAUCUGUUCGUGGAUAAUCUGCCAUUUGCAAAAAGCAAAGCAGCCGCAGAGGUACAGACUAGAUGUUUGAAGGCUGUUUUGCUAGUGAUGUCGAAAUAAGGCAAACGUAUAGAUCCUUACAAGCUCUGCAGCAAUAACCAAGUUCAAAAGAUGUAUAUUACUGGUUAUAUGCUCUCGGUUUGCGUAGUACAUGUAGCAUAGUAAAGUAUCAAAUGUUGUGAAGGAAGUAGCAGCAGAUUUAAGUACAGGAUCAGGAAGCAUAUCCCAAGAUUGUGCCUCACCUUCUCUCAAAUAUUUGGUAGCAUUUCUCUGCCGUCUUUUCAAUUUUGUCGCCUCCCUUAUUUAAGACCACAAUACACUACGCGCCAUUAAACGUGUUAAAUCUUGUGGUGAAACACAGCCAGUUCAAGUAAACACAAUAACGUAUUAAGCUGGUUGUUGGUAGUGACUCGAACCCAUAAUGUCCAUCUCUGAACCUUGCCUACCAAUGAAAACAAGAAGAGCAGCUGCAGUGCAAGAAGAAAUUUGGCAGGUAGGCUCCCCCGCUCUUUGUAAUAUUUCAGUACUACCCAGUAUAUGCCAAUAUUGUGAGUAAGGCACAUGUUUGGGGAGUUUCCUUGUCAAUUCCCAUUACUUAAUUCUGUCACAUCCAACAAACCUGAAUUGUCACAGUAAAGCAUGAGGAAACUAAAAUCACAAUGCUUCCUCAUUUAUAAUUGAUCAACAUAUAAAUAAUAAUUGAUCUUCAUUUUAACAAAGUGAAUGUAAACAUAUGCGAUGGCAGACAAAAAGUAACAAGUUUUCAGAUUACAAAACUGACUUUUACACGUCAAAAUUCAAGCAAUAGACAUUUAGUAUUUGUCAUUGUGACUGGCCGCCAUGUUUUGCUUGUGUAUUAUUUUCUUUAACUAAUUUUGUAAUGUGCCCCAUUUUCAUAAGAUCCAGUUGUAAUUUGGCAUUAAAGCAUCUAGAACUUAAGUUAAAUUUAUAUGUGUGUGUGUGUGUGUGUGUGUGUGUGUGUGUGCGCGCAGACUAACUGCAAUGAUUUGACUGCAGUGUUAAAUUUGAACGCAAUCCUUCAGAAAAUAUAGUUUCUAAUAUUAGUACCAAUAUCAUGUGUAAUAAAGAUGCCUCUCUUGGCAUUAUCAAAAAUGUUUAUAUAGCAUUUGUGUUAUUUUUAUGGGAACUAAACCAGUUUCAUUUAACAAGGUCCAUUUAACUUUACACAAUAUACUCAUCUACAAGGGCGCAAAAUGUCAUCAAACAAUAAUUACGGAGGAAAAUAAUAAGCCCUAAUUGAGAAUAAUGCAUGCUUCAUUACACAUGAAAUUAUCAGCUUGGCAAACAGCUUAAUAUUUCCCCUAAUCAAACUAGAGAAAAAUUAUAGAUAAUAAAAUUAAUAAUAAUAAUAAUCCCUCAUUGAAGGGUGCAAUCGGGAGG